AUGAGUAAAUUUUUAAACGCACGACUCACUCGUUGGAUUCUCGCGAUACAAGAUUACAACAUUAAAGUGGAACAUCUACCGGGAAAAGAUAACGUGAUGGUCGAUGUACUGAGCAGAUUACAUGAAGAAAACAGCUAUAAAAGAAAUCGUGGUGCGACCCGAAUAAUAAUAAAUGCAUUGAACUACAACUGGAUCCAAGAAAUGGAACAAUUAAUCCGAGAAAUCCCAGCUAAACAACGAGAAGACAAGAAAUUGAAAUUAUUCAAACAGGAGAUAGAGUCAGAACCCGAAAGAAGAGCACGUUUUAAAAUAAUCAAUGACAAUAUCUAUCAUUUUGAUGGAACCACUUGUCGCAUCUUAAUCACAAAAGAAAUUCUACAAAAUCUUAUCUGGGAAUGUCACGCAGCGUAUGGUCAUCCAGGAGCAGAGAAAACAUAA